GUCACUUGCAGAUAAGUUAAAAAUUAAAGAAUUGGGCAGGCCGUUGCCAAAUUUGAAGUUAACGCAAAUUAGUGAACGCAAAGCAGAAAACAGAAGUUUCACCCGCCAUUUUUCAAGAGACAUUUAUACAAGAAAUAAUUGGAUUUGUGGUUGUGACGUUUCGAAUUUAUUGUACUGUUUCCCGUGUUUAUUACUUUACAAUGCCGGAUCAGGGAUGGACCGAAAUUGGGCAAGAACAGGGAUAAAAGAUCUUCACCACCUUCCUGCAAAAAUAAAAAAACAUGAAUCGUCUCGUGGUCAUAUUAAUUCAUGCACAGGGUUCGCAUUGCUUGGCAAAGUCAAUAUUUUAACACAAUUGAGUUCUGCAUACAGGGAGUCUUUAGUACUACACAAUAAUAAAGUCAGAAAAAACCGACACAUUUUGAAAAGAAUUAUUAGCUGUGUAAAAUUUUGCGGUUCUUUUGAACUAGCAUACUUAGAAGUCAUGACGAAAGCGAGGGAUCUGAAAAUCGAGGAAUAUUUAGAGAGUUGAUAGAUUUUACUGCAGAGUUGGAUGCUACACUUAAAGAACAUUUACAGAAAGCAACUGUGUUUAAAGGAACCUCCAAGACCAUACAAAAUGAUAUUUUGGACUGUAUGCUACUAGUUUGUCGGGAAGAAAUUUUCCAUCAAAUUGAAAAGGCCGACUUUUUAUCUAUCCAAUGCGAUGAAACCACCGAUGUCUCAAAUAAUUGUCAAAUGGUAUUGAUAUUACGGUAUUUCUACGAAGAUUCCAUUUAUGAAAAUUUUUGGGGCCUUUUAAGGGUUAUGGAUAAAACAGCAGCUGGGUUAAAAACCUGCAUUGAAAACGAAAUAGAUCCGUUAAUUUUAAAAACUCCUCAAAAACUAAUAGCGCAAACUUAUGAUGGUGCAAAUGUUAUGAGCGGUUCUACCAGCGGUGUUCAAAUCCAAAUUAAACAGAAAUAUCCCAGUGCACAUUUUAUACAUUGCUAUGCCCAUCAAUUAAACCUAAUUAUGCAGAAAGCCGCAUCGCAAAACCCUAAAGUGCGAGUGUUUUUUAAUAAUCUAUCAGCUAUCCCAGCGUUUUUUUCAAAUUCUUCCCAUCGAUGCGAUAUUUUAGAAGAAAUAGUAAAUAAAAGAUUACCGAGAGUGGCCGUCACUAGAUGGAACUAUAAUAUUCGUACGGUUAAUUCUGUAUAUGAAAAUCGUGAGAAACUUAUAGAAGUUUUUAAAGAGGUCGAGGACAGAUGUGAAAAGAGUGUUACUUCCAAUGAGGCUUCUGGCUUGAGGCGAGCGUUAGAAGAUCCAGAAUUUAUGUUUUGGUUAACGAUUUUCCAUAAAGUCUUGCCGCAAGUCGAUAUACUUUAUAAUCAACUCCAAUCAAGAAAUAAGGACAGUGUUGAAUUGAAGAAGGACUUAGAAAUUUUUGAGCAAAGUAUUACCAACAUUCGAAAUGAUACUGAUGAAAUUAAAGAAAGUGUUGAAUCAAAUUUUGAAAGUGCUAAAAGAAGAAGAACUGAUGAUAAUAUGCGAAGUGUUAUUGCCAAGGAGGUGUGUGAUGUAAUAACAACAGAAAUGAAGGAAAGGUUCUCUUAUCGGGGCCAUUUGCAAGCGGCUGAACUAUUCAACAAAGACAUGUACUCAAAAUAUUCGAAAACUUUUCCAGUUAAUCCCUAACAACACACAACAUUCCAGGAAUGUACUACCAAAGUUCUAUCAAUAUUUGAAUGUCCUGGACAUUUAGGGAACAUUCGGUGAACAUCUGAUUAAAUUAUUCGUGGAAUGUUACCAUAAGACAUUCUGUGAACAUACUACCAAUGUUCCUAUAUGUUCAUUUUCAAAUUCACGGCGCAUGUAUUUGUGCAUGGUGCUUAGAGAGGGCAUCACGUGACUAAAAACGACCAAUGACCUCACUUCAGACUUCGGUGCUUCGGCCAUCUUGACAUGCAUCUUGGCCUUGGCCACCUUGCCGUGCGUGAUCGUUGUUUGUUUUUAUUUGUGCUUUUUAAGAAUAUUUUUUAAUUCGGAUACUUUUAUAAUAACUUUAAUAGUAUUAUUAAUAUAGUGCAUAAAAUCAGUUGGAGUAGCAGAAGCAAUGUAGAUAAAAAAUCUGCAGGAAUAAUGUUUCAAAGGUUAGUAUAUGCAAAUAUGUAAACAAAGGCAUGCCCCUAUUUCAGAAAAUAUCCAUUUAUUAUUUUAAUAAUUGCGAAUAAGCCACAAACUUGCUUAUUCCUAACUAAAAUAGUAAAUAGAGUUAAUAACAAACGGAUUAUUUGUAAAAUUAAAUUUUUUUUGCGUUUUUGCUAAUGUAUGCGUUUAUAAACAGGAUGGUAGACCACACACUAUAAUAGUACCAAACUAAUGAAUACACAGUAUGAAUAGUACAGUCGGUUCGCUAAACUUAGUCUCAGACACAACUGGCUAGUGAUUUUAGUAAAUAAUUUUGACAAUUUGGUAAAAUUGGCAAAAAAAUAACUAAAUAGUUAGUAAUUUUGGCAAAAAUGGCCAAAAACAAAAAAUUACCUACUAAAAUCACUAGCCAGUUGUGGCUAGGGAAACGACUAUACUAAUAAACAAUUUCUAAGCUGCUUUUUAUAAUAUUUUCUUUCCAGAAGAUCCUGCAAAGAAGGCAUGAAGUAUUGAUCAGAUUUGUUAAUA